UUGCCUGAACUUUACGGUACCCACGACAGCAGCCAACACGCCUGGCACUGAGCUACUGUAGCAAGACACCGCACAUCGCCGCGAGACCUUUUUGAGUACGAGUGAACUUAUCUGGUGAUGGAGAGCUCUUGCUGGCGGCAACUUUUCGCGCUUCUUCACAUCAUGCUGUGGUGCCUCUCGAGCUGCAGCCCUCACGCAGAGUUCUUCCCGGUGUUAUCAACAGACUGCGAGAAAAGUGAUGCCGUACGAGAGUCUGCACUACACUCCUCUUUAUGCCGCCUCUUCUGGAGUAAACAGCAAACGGAGCAGAACCAGAAUAUGUUCAAACGGUUCCUGUUCCACUACUCAAAGUCCCAGAACUCCCUGGGCUCCAUGCAGGGGGAUUCGAACUCUGUUCACCCACUGAUGCGUCUCUCCCCAAACCUCUCUGCACGGAGGAAGAAACAACUCCUGCUUGCGAGACCCCUAAAGAAGCUUUGCUGAAGCAGAAGACUAGAGCCUCAUCUCCAUGACGACCCGUUAAUGACAACCCUCUCCUCUCCCUCCCUUUCCUCUCUUCCUCCUCUCCCCUCUCCUUUCCUCUUCUCUCCCCUCCUCCCCUCUCUCCUCCUCUCCUCCUCCCCUCCUUCUGCAGAAGUCCCUCGGUUCUCUCAGGGUUCAGGGCUGACCAGGAGAAGUGGUUAUUCGUCAACUCUUCAGUGACAGAGCACCAGCACACACACACACACACACACAGUCUUGAACACACACACUCCUGAAGAUCCACACAAACACUCCUGAAGACACACACACACUGUGUCGAUGGAAAAUAAAGUGUUGGACUGAA